CCGCAAGAGUCAGACGCCCUGAAUCCCAGAGGGGAGCAAUGGCUCCAACAAUGCUGCUCCUGCUGGUGGCGGCCGCCCAGACCCUGAUCGAGACCCGCGCGGGCUCACACUCGUUGCGGUAUUUCGAGACCGCCGUGUCCCGGCCCGGCCUCGGGGAGCCCUGGUUCAUCUCUGUCGACUACGUGGACAACACGGAGUUCGUGCGCUUCGACAGCGACGCGGAGAAUCCGAGAUAUGAGCCGCGGGCGCGGUGGAUGGAGCAGGAGGGGCCGGAGUAUUGGGAGGAGCAGACACAGAUCGCCAAGGGUGGAAAAUGAGUGGACUAUACUCUGGCUCCAGCAUGAAGACAGCUGCCUGGAGUGGACUUGGUGACAGAGAAU